UCUUCCCUCCGCCGUCCCACUGCAGCUCUGCGCCUGCUCGCCGAGUGGAACACCUCCGGGGAAUUUGCUGCUGGAAACAAACUUUCCGAACAAUGGCACGAUCCUGUCCUCCAGAGUCAGUCAGAAACAACUUGAUAGAUGAUGCUAAGGCCCGCUUAAAAAAGCACGAUGCUGGGACCAAGUAUUCUCACUUGUCGUAUAGUAAAUGUUCCAUCCUUUUACCAUUGUUGGUUAAAGAAGGAAAACUUCACCUGUUGUUCACCCUCCGCUCAGAAAAGCUCAGACGGUCACCUGGAGAGGUGUGCUUCCCUGGAGGACAGCGUGACCCUGCAGAUGUGGAUGACGUGGCCACGGCCCUCCGGGAAGCCCAGGAGGAAGUGGGGCUGCGCCCUCAGCAGGUGGAGGUCGUCUGCUGCCUGGUGCCGUGUGUGUUUGAUAGAAACAUAUUGAUAACACCCGUUGUCGGGUUUAUAGACCACAACUUCCAGGCCCAGCCUAACCCUGAUGAAGUUCAGAAUGUGUUCCUGGUGCCUCUAGAGUACUUCCUGCAUCCGCGCGCUUACCACCAGAACCAUGUGAUGCGGUAUGGUUGCCGCUUGCUUUCUCAUUGUUUCGAGUACACAGACCCUGAAGACGGUGUGACUUACUGUAUCAAGGGGAUGACUGCAAAAUAUGCUCUCUUCAUUGCCUUAGUUAUUUUGGAAAAACACCCGACCUUUGAGGUUGAAUUUAAUCUCAAUGAUCUAAUAUCAUCCUCUGAAAAAUCCUUCCUGUGGUUUCAUAAUCAUGCCACAAGCAAGUUUUGAUUUAUGAGACCAACAUCCAUAUAACUGUCUAAGCAGCUUUCUCGUGUGCUUAUCCGCAGAACCACUGUAAUGCUAGCUGGUGGAAUUUGACAGGUGAGAAUUUUUCCUGCAAUAUGAAGAUAAAAAAACCUUGCCUUGUUUUCAGUUUCCCUCUGUUUUCUGAAAUAGCAAAAGUCUUUCAAAAUUGGAAAAUGUGUUUAUAGUAUUGCAUAAUUUCUCUCACAGUGUAUUAGCACCAUUUUUCUUACACAUGUAAGGAAAUAUAUCUGGCACACAGUAGGCACUUAAUAAAUAUUUGUUGACUAUAUGA